AUGCAUCGAAAGCUGCUUGCUUGCCUGUGGGCCGGCGGACAUGGCUUUGCACCAUCCGACUCUGGCAAUUUCGCUUGCCAAACCGACGCGGUGCUUGGCCCGGUGAGGAAUGCAACACGGAAAGGCCUGGCUGUGGAUGAUACGACCUUGCGGUGGUGUUCAGGCUCGAUUCCUGCAGUUUGGCCAAAUGCUGAUGCUCCAGUCGCAGCUCUUCGACUGUUCAAGGCGUGGGAUCCCUCGUGGCAAGACGAUCGGGAGCUGGCAUGGAGAAAUCUCAAAGCAUUUGUGGAUCAGACAGGAGCCCGGGUUCUCAUGGGCACGUCGAUCAGCUGCGUGAGUGCGGAUGACGACCAGAGUUGGGAGUGGACCAAGGGGCUCAUGCAGGUGUUGGGCCCAGAUCGCAUCAUGGGUUUGGCCAUAGGAAACGAACUGGAGCUGCUGUUCACCAAGUUUGCCUUUUCAGACACGGUGGAUCAGGCAUGCAUUGAUCGAUUGUGGGAGCGUGGAGGCUUCUGGGAGAUUUUUACGAGAAUUGUAGAGGACUUCGAUUCCUUGGGAUUUGGAUCCAUUCCAGUGACCUCUGUCUUUGGCGGCUUAGCUCUCGCAGGCAACUCCACGCACCCCUUCUUUGAGCAGGAGGGCAAGGCGCGGGUGAACUCCUUCUUUCAGAACGCAACAGCGACCUUUGGGGACAGAUAUGCGUUUACAUGGACAACCUAUCCUUACUUUGAUCCCAACGAGCGUCUGGACGAGGGCACGACGGACCAGUGCGAGUUUGCUCGCAAUCGCUCGUUGUGCUUUGACAAUAGCUGCGAUGCCCCGAAGUCCAUGGCGUACAUGCGCCGCAAGAUGACUGACCUGACUGGAAAGUCCAACAGCACAUUCUGGAUCGGCGAGACUGGCUGGUCCUCCAGCGGAAGUGUGCAGUCAGAGAUGAAAUACUGCAAAAAUUGGGCUGCACCGGAGAGCUUGGAGAAGUACUACGACAGCUUCCUCCAAUGGGAUGGCAGCACACCGGGCGUGGAGCCUCCAGAUCACGUGUUCUACUUCACGAUUCGAGACUCCUUGAACUUCGGGAAUGCCGAGCAGUUCGGGGUCAUUGAGCAAUGCCACAUGGGUGAGUGCAAACUGCGGUCGCCUGGCUUCAACGCAACCUACACGAGCACUUCAAGCUCCACCUCUAUUCCCAGCGGCCCCAGCAGCUCUAGCGGCUCUAGCACAUCUGGAACGGUCGAGGUGUCCGAAGACACGACAUCCACAACGUCUGAAAGGAUGGGAGCCGAAACGACAUCCGAAGGCGAGGAGUCGGAAGCCGAACUGACAGACUUGGGCAGCAGAAACUAUUUGUCCCUGUAUAGUCUUCUUUUGUCUUUCUUGGCGGUGCGAUACAAUUGGUAA